UGCUGUUGCUCAAGCCGACUUCUUGAUUCCCAGGUACUACAUACACCCUUCAUCUCACCUUCAGUGCAUGUUUCGAUUCCGUUCUUUGUUCAAAAUGGCCGAGGAGACAAUUACCAAGAAGAUCAAGACUUCUUCCCCUUUGAUCGGAACCCACAACGGCCACUUCCACGCCGACGAAGCUCUUGCUGUCUACCUUCUCCGUCUCCUACCUACCUACAGCGCCUCUCCUCUUGUCAGAACUCGUGAUCCGGCCCAACUCGCAACAUGCCACACCGUCGUUGAUGUCGGCGGCGAGUACGAUCCCUCGACCAACCGCUACGAUCACCACCAGCGCACCUUCGCAACCACCUUCCCGGCACACAACACCAAGCUCUCUUCUGCCGGUCUGGUCUACAUGCACUUCGGUCGUGCCAUCAUCGCUCAACAUACUUCUCUCCCCGAGGAUCACGAAGAUGUGACCCUUCUGUACGAGAAGCUAUACAAUGAUUUCAUCGAAGCUAUCGACGCCAACGACAACGGUGUCUCAGUCUACGAUCCCGAAGCCAUCUCCGCGGCUGGCCUCCAAAAACGCUUCCGUGAUGGCGGCAUCACGCUCGCCUCUGUUGUUGGUGAUAUGAACAACCCCGAUCCCACCAGCCCUCCUGGCGAGCCUCAAGACGAAGACAGUCUGUUCGGUCGCGCCAGCACCUUCAUUGGAAACGUUUUCACUCGCAAGCUGCACCAGGCCGCCUCGUCCUGGCUGCCUGCCCGGGCCAGUGUCGGCGCCGCGUAUCGCCUCCGUCGCGAUGUCCACUCCUCCGGCCGCAUCAUUGUCCUCCCUCAAGGCGGUGUGCCGUGGAAGGAGCACUUGUACAACUUCGAGAAGGAGGAGGGUGCGCUCGGCAACGAGCAGACUUACUACGUUCUCUACCCUGAGAGCGCCUCUGAGAGCUCUAAGUGGCGCGUGCAGUGCGUCUCUGAGAGCGAGGGAAGCUUCGUCUCGCGUAAGCCCUUGCCCGAGUCGUGGCGCGGAGUCAGGGACUCUGACCUCGAUGCUCUCAUGGCUGCUGAGGCGGACCAAGCAGGCAAGCCUCGCAUUCCCGAGGGUGCGGUCUUUGUCCACGCCAGCGGCUUCAUCGGUGGCCACAAGACCAAGGAGGGUGCUUUGGCCAUGGCUAUUCGGGGUUUGGAGCAGUAAACUUCGUUGCGUUGGCGAUAAUAAAUGUGGUGAUAUGAUGGCUGUCUUGCAUGACCUAUAGAUUUAACGACCAUUUAUUUUGGGUAUUUAUGAGGCAUCUAAAAGUUGAAUUGGAUUUUCUUCAGCUUUCG